GGGGUAUUUGGAGGUAACAACGUAAUUUUUCACGCAACCCACCUCUCUUAUUCCGUUCACGCGAACACCAUAAUCGUAAACUAUGCUUAAAUUCUCAAAUUUUUUACCUCGUAAAAGGACAUACUUGGUUAGCCUGGCGCUUGACAUUCUCAAACAGGAUCGCAUAGAGGGUUUGCAAUGAAAAUGUGAGCUUUCACAAUCUUAAAAUAUUUGUGAUAUCCUCUCUUUGGGCUAAUAAGAGGAGGUAAAGAGGUUAAGGGCGAUCUGAACAAAAUCUAACCUGAAGUUUUAAGAUAAUUUAUGGAGUGGCUAGGAGGUUAAAACACCUAAUUCGAGCUAUCAACCAGUGACAGCAGUCAAGACGUCAAGUCAACAGGGGCCUUGCUUAAGUUAUGACUACUAAAUAAAAAUUCUAAAUAUCUCGUUUAAAAAAACAACUUUAAAAGCGGAUGAAAAGGAAACUUAAAAAUACAAAUGGGAAAGUACGGGUGGGAAAAUACAUUUGUAACGUAACUAUCGCUUAGUCAUCCUCUGUCCUGUUUUCAUAGAAGCUGGGUCUCAUAAGGCACUUACAAAACAUAUACAGGCAUGAUCUAUAAAGUUUUUGAAAAAUUACGCGCUAAUGACAGCCGUUCAUCAUUUCAUCCAACUGUUUAAUAAUUAGAUGUUUUCUUUUUCCUAGAUCCUCCCUUAGGAAUGGAAUCUGGAGAAAUUACUGACAACCAGCUAGAUUCGUCGUCCAACAUGGGCUCACGUUCUGUAGCUUCCAAUGUUCGAUUAAACCUCCAGCUCAUGUUGCCGUUAGGGGUGGGAGCCUGGUGCGCACCACAACAAAGUGAAGAAUAUUGGCUUGUAGUAGACUUGGUCACUAGUCACGUGAUCUCCGCGGUAUCGUCACAGUGUAGAUAUCCCAUGUAUGCGAGCGGUGAUAGGCUUUACUGCGUGACGUCAUAUGUUGUAAUGUACCCACUGGAAGAUUCGGAUUAUUGGACAGAAUACAAAGAGAAUGGAAUGACUAAGGAAUUUCUUGGGAAUUUUCAGAGGCACAUUAUGAUCAAACAUCAUCUUAUGAAGCCAAUUACAGCCACAGAGAUUUCUUUCGUUCCUUUGGCCAAAUCAUCUUAUAACUUCUGUAUGCGCGUUGAGCUGUACGGAAGAAAAGUGGUGGAAAAGAGUUCUGGAAGAUGCUAUGUUGCGCCUCAGAAUCGUGGAGAUUGUGGUUUUCCGGGGACUUCUAGGAAACAAUGUGAAGACAAAGGAUGUUGCUUUGACGACACCAUAGACGGCGCUAUAUGGUGUUUUACUCCACAAGAGAGCCGAAUGGUUUUUCCAGAACCGCAGUCGAUCAUGAACUACGCUAAAGUAGAAAACGUCAUCUCAACUGAACUUAGCAAGUUAUCGCUAUGCUUUUUAGUAAAAGCUCUUCUAGAUCUAUCGAAAACCGAAAAACGCUACUGUCUUUUCAGCUACGCAGAGACACAUGGCCGUGCUAUUGUGGUCUAUUUGUAUGCCGACAAAGUCAAGUUCAAGAUUGGUUUCAAAACAUAUAGCAAAGGAUAUGUUCAACUCGCAGAUGGUAGGUGGCAUCACGCUUGUAUAACGUGGGAAAACGUUCAAGGUGAAUACAAAGUCUACAAAGACGGUCAGCUCGAAGCCCAAGAUGUCAAGAACAAUAAAAAUUUCACGGUCAAACCGGGUGGUUGGGCGGUGCUUGGUCAAAGUCAAGAGACGGCAGGUGAUGGCUUUGAGGAUUGGAAAGCAUUUACUGGUGAAGUGGCGGAAGUAAACUUGUGGGAUAAGGUUCUCUCGGAUGCGGACAUAGCCGCCCAGUACAGAAACUGUUACAUUCCUGAUGGCAGUGUGAUUCAGUGGCCCCAGUUUAUAGCCAUGGGUGAAGUAGAGAUCAAACAAUACAGUUGCAAGCUUACCGGUGAUAGACCAGUAGUUUAUUCCAGAGCCUUCCUUGUCGACGCACAAUUCAAUCGUCUGUUUGUCUGUAACACUGAAAAAUCAAGGACGAAAUCGCACUGUUAUGUGACAGCAGACGGCAAAAAAUGGACAGGUAAAAAGGAAAUCAACUGACCUUAGCUUUUUCUCAAGCAAGAAAUUAAGGAUGAAUUCCACUGUCGUAAAACAAACAACGGACCACGCUCCACUAACACUUAUAUCGAGGGACUAAGAAAGAUAUGCAUUAAAGAUGUCCGUUUACAGUAGCUAAGCAGGUUUGUAAGUAGCUGAGGUCAAAUAUAGUCUCCAGCUAGAGCACACGCGUUUUCCGUCAGAGGUGAGCGA